AAUUUUUUUUUUUUAUAUCAUUUAAAAAAUCAUACAGUACAUAUCAACAUACAAACGUACAAGGGGUACACACGUAUAAAAAUACAUCAACAUUAUAAAGAAAGGCUGCGAUUAUACUCUGUUCACGUGAUAUGCGGGAGUAAAACGAGAUUGUCUAACCACAGAGGCUGCACUCUGGUCACGUGACACAGGGAGCAAAGUUUUGAAACAGUCUACCGGAGAGAACUCGCAAGCAAAGCUAGCUGUAACCUACGCAAUGGCCUCAGGCUCAACAGAACCAGACCCUGCGGGGCUAGUUUCAAAGAGGAAAUACACAUCAGUCGUGUGGGACUAUUUCGGUUUUAAGAAAGAAGAUGUUGCACAGUGUCAGGUACUGUGUAAAACCUGCCUGGUCAGAGUUGGUACAUCACGGGGCAACACUACCAAUUUGUACCAGCACCUAAAAACGCAGCACAAAACAGUGUAUGAUAGAUGUAUGGCUACAAAAUCAAGCAGUGUGCAGAAUAAUCCUAGUAAAGUUAAUCGGCAAGGAUCACUGACCGAACUGUUUGAAGGUGUUACGCCAUAUGAACGCAGUUCAAAGCGGCACACGGAAAUUACCAAAGCAGUAACCCAAUGCAUCGCGAAAGACAUGAUGGCCGUCAAUACGGUGACCAAGCUUGGGUUCAAUAAUUUGGUAACUACGCUGGAUAAGAGGUACAAAAUGCCCUCCCGCACGUAUUUUAGUCAGACUGCCCUUCCGGAGCUACAUAUGCAGUGUAGGCAGAAAGUAGCAGCGGACUUGAAGGCUGUGGAGUUUUUUGCGGCUACAACAGACAUGUGGUCAAGCCGUACAGCGGAGCCUUAUCAAAGCCUUACGGUCCAUUAUAUCUCUGAAGACCUCCACCUCGAAGCUCGCAGCCUUCAAACGGCCUACUUCCCCGAAGACCACACAGGCGAAAACAUUGCUGCUGGCCUGAGAGAGGGGCUUGCGUGCUGGGAUCUCACUGAAGACAACCUUGUCUGCAUAACGACGGACAACGCGUCAAAUAUGGUGAAAGCAGCACAGCUGAACGAAUGGACCAGACUCCAGUGUUUCGGACACAGAUUACAUCUUGCUAUUGAAAAUGCAAUCAAAGAUGAUAGAGUAUCCAGAGCAAUAGGGCAGUGCAGGAAGUUGGUGGGGCACUUCUCCCACAGUUGGAAGAAAAAGGCAGCGCUCACUGAGGCACAGAAGGAGCUUAAGCUUCCUGAGCACUCUCUCAUUACUGAGUGCCCUACAAGAUGGGGGUCCAAAGAGAAAAUGAUUGCCAGAGUGCUGGAACAGAUGACAGCCAUAUCAAAGGUAUUGUCAGGUGACCGACAUGCACGCCCCCUCAUCCCAACCUGGCAGGAUGCUGCCGUGUUGAAGUCCAUUCAUAAGGCACUGCAUCCUCUCUCCGAAUUUACUGAUGCUCUUUCUGGAGAGGAGUAUGUGAGCAUCUCCUACCUCAAGCCAGUUCUCCAUCUUCUGGCAACAUCAGUCUUGGCUGAAGAUGCUGAGGACACUGAUCUGACUAGAUCAGUUAAAACCAAGGUCCUGGUCCUUUUCCCAUCUGGCAGGAGAAGAGGUCUCGCACUGAAACCGCUCAAAAUUCUCCAAGUGCACAGGCCUCUGGGGGAAAGGCAAAGAAGUCUCUUGGUAGUCUUUUUAAAACCAGUGUGGCCUCUUCAGCUUUGCCUCUGCCACUUGAAGAUGUCGUGGAGGCAGAGUUGAAUAGUUACCUGUUGAGCCCUGUCAUUGACGGAGAGGAUGAUCCCUUAGCCUGGUGGAAGGUGCACAACAUUCACUUUCCACGACUGUGCAAGAUGGCCCGCAAAUAUCUAUGUGUGCCAGCCACAAGUGCCCCCUCAGAGCGUUUGUUCAGCACUGGAGGGAAUAUAGUGACUUGCACUCGCUCAUCCUUAAAGCCAGCAAAAGUUGAUAUGCUGGUCUUCCUAGCAAAAAACCUUGAGCUAUGAUGAUUAUGGCUGGCAGAGCCAUACUCAUUGUGCACUUUAGUUUGUGCUGUGUUACUGUUACUGCAGAUAAUCAAGAUGUUCAGCCAGUUUUAAUUUAAAGGUGUGUUUGUGUGUGUAUACAAUUGCUAUAUUAUGUUUGCACUUUAUGUGUAAUGUUACUGACUAGUUUUAUUUAUUUAAUAUUAUUUUUUAAUUUAAUGACUUUCUAGCAGUUCACAGAUGUCGAAAGUCGAGUGUGGUAAAGCCACAGAUUGUUUUUUUAUAUAUAUAUAUAUAUAUUUCUGCACAUUGUACUGACUUUCAUUUUAAUGUUUACACCAGGGUUCCUUGUCAGCACUUUAUGCUCAGAUGUUACUAUACUAUGCUCAGAGGUGUUACUACUCAAAAUAUACUAUUGUGUAUGUUCAAAUAUACUGUUUUGAUUGAA